AUGUUAAAAUUAGUAUUAUUUUUAUUAUUUUUAUCACCAAUUUGUUUUAUUAAUAAUAUUUACUGAAUGGUACAAAUAUUAUUAUUUUUAGUAAGAUUUAUUUUUUUAAUAAUAAAUAAUAAAAUAAAUUACUGGUCAGAAAUUUCUUAUUUUUUAGGUUGUGAUAUUUUGUCUUAUGGAUUAAUUUUGUUAAGUUUAUGAAUUUGUUCUUUGAUGUUAUUAGCCAGAGAAAGUGUUAAUAAAUAUAAUAAUUAUAAAAAUUUAUUUUUAUUAAAUAUUUUAAUUUUAUUAUUAUUAUUAAUUUUAACUUUCAGUAGAAUAAAUUUAUUUAUAUUUUAUUUAUUUUUCGAAAGAAGUUUAAUUCCUACUUUAUUUUUAAUUUUAGGUUGGGGUUAUCAACCUGAACGUUUACAAGCUGGUGUUUAUUUAUUAUUUUAUACCUUGUUAGUUUCUUUACCUAUAUUAAUUGGUAUCUUUUAUUUAAUAAAUGAGGUUGGUUCUAUAAAUUUUUAUUUAAUAAAUAAUUAUAUAUUUAAUUAUGAUUUAUUAUAUUUUUGUUUAUUAUGUGCUUUUUUAGUAAAAAUACCUAUAUUUUUAGUUCAUUUAUGAUUACCUAAAGCUCAUGUUGAAGCUCCGGUUUCUGGAUCAAUAAUUUUAGCUGGUAUUAUAUUAAAAUUAGGGGGUUAUGGGUUAUUACGAGUUAUUUCAUUUUUACAGUUAAUAAAUUUAAAAUAUAGAUUUGUAUGAAUUAGAAUUAGUUUAGUUGGUGGAGUUUUAGUUAGAUUAAUUUGUUUACGUCAAACUGAUUUAAAGGCUUUAAUUGCUUAUUCUUCAGUUGCUCAUAUGGGUAUUGCGUUAGCUGGUCUUUUAACCAUAACAUAUUGAGGUUUAAGAGGUUCUUAUACGUUAAUAAUUGCUCAUGGUUUAUGUUCUUCUGGAUUAUUUUGUUUAGCCAAUGUUUCUUAUGAACGAUUAGGAAGACGAAGAUUAUUAAUUAAUAAGGGUUUAUUAAAUUUUAUACCAGCUAUAACAUUAUGGUGAUUUUUGUUGAGUUCAGCAAAUAUAGCAGCUCCUCCUACAUUAAAUUUAUUGGGAGAAAUUUCUUUAUUAAAUAGAAUUGUUUCUUGGUCUUGAUUAUCAAUAAUUAUAUUAUCUUUUUUAUCUUUUUUUAGAGCUGCUUAUACUUUAUAUCUUUAUUCUUUUAGACAACAUGGAAAAUUAUUUUCUGGUGUAUAUUCUUUUAGAGGAGGUAAAAUUCGUGAAUUUUUAUUAAUAUUUUUGCAUUGAUUGCCUUUAAAUUUAUUAAUUUUAAAAAGAGAUUCUUGUAUAUUAUGAUUAUAA